AUGGUGUUUGGAUCGGACAGCUACCAUCGCAUCAAGGAAAUGCAGCCCCAGGCACAGCAGCAGCGUGCGUGCGUCAAGUGCCACAGUGCCCACGUGCUUGUGCUCGAGCAGCGGCAACUCGUGGUUUGUGGAAGCUGCGAGUAUGUGGCGCCCGUCGGACAAGAGUCGGCGACGACUCCACGCCUGCACAAUGCCACGUUGCUCAUUUACGACCGCCCAGUGCUGCACAUCUUCCUCUCGUAUGGACACGACCGCUACCAGAAAGUGGCGUUGGCCCUCAAAGAUCACUUGCGGUCCCGAGGACAUGUGGUGUGGGUCGAUGUUGAAAAGCUGACCCCUGGAUGUGAUUGGGAAUCGGGUAUUGCCGAUGCGCUCACGUGGGUUAAAGAAGCCCAGGAGAAUGGCCGGGUGCUGCUGCUCAUGACCCCGCACGCCCUCCGCCGCCCGGACGGGUACUGCCUCAAUGAAAUCGCCCGCGCGUCGUCGCUCAAACUCAACAUUUUUCCCGUGCUCGUGUGCGACAGCGAGCCGCCGCAGUCGAUCUCCAUGUUGCCGUACUUUGACUUGCAGUCGAGCUUGCCGCGCGAGUCGCCGAUGGCCGCCUCGGAAUGGGACGACCUGGUCGCGACGUCCAUGACCUCGAUUCCAUUCCAAACCAAAGUGCUCAAACUCACGGGGUUGCUCGAAGCUUGCGAAAGCAUGCGCAGCGCAAUGGUGACGGCGAUUGGAGGGCUAGACAACCUGCACUUGUUUCACGGCGGGCCUACGGACACCAUCGACGACGCCAGGACCCCGACAUAUAGAAAGGUGCUGUCUCCCAAGCAUCCUUGUCCUUCGCUCCAUCAGCCGCCUACGAGCGCUAUCCUGGACGCUACUCCUCAGCCCCAAGCUACCAGAUACGUGUUUGUGUUUGACGACACGAGCGCCCCCCUUGCGUUGAAAUUGCACGCUGAUUUGACCGCCCAGGGGUUUAACAUCCAUCCCCACGUGGCGCCAUCUCCGACAGACCCCCACGCCCGCCGAGACGCCAUCUCAUGGGCCGCUCCCGGCAAGAUGAUCUUGUUCCUCACCCCCCAAAGUGUGGGACGACCUCAUGGCGUGUGUCUGAAUGACAUUUCCGCGGGUAUGGCGUCCGGUGUUGGGUUCGUGCCAGUGAUGGUGCGUCCUUGCGAGAUCCCCCUGAGCAUCUGUCGCAUCCAGUGGCUCGACCUGAGCGACUGCCUCACGCAUCAACUAACUAACAAUAACGUCGUUAACGACGUCAAGUACGCGGUCCGUCUGCCGCAGUUGGUCACAGCCUUGCGCGGGAAUUUAGACCACGACGGACAGCAAGCGCGGUUGUUCAGCAUCUUUUCUCCGUUUUCGUUCCAAGCAGAGAUUUCAAAGUUCACCCAAGGCUUUGCAGGGCGGGAAUGGGUCAUGGACCAGCUCACUGAGUGGAAAGCGAGCUCAAGUCAGACGUUUUGGAUCACUGGUCAAAUUGGGACUGGGAAGACCGCCGUUGCAGCGUCUGUGAUUCAAAACCAGCCCGAAGUGCGUGCGUUUCACCUGGUGAGCAAGGAGGACGAGCAGACGCAGAACCACCGCCGCUGCGUGCUCAGCCUCGCGUACCAGCUCACGACCCAACUCCCAGACUACGCCGCGUUCUUGCAACAAGGCGACCAGCCCCUUGAAGAAAUCGUGUCCGUGUCAUGUGUGGCGGAGCUGGUCCACUCGCUGCUUGUCGUGCCGUUGAAUGCAAUUGCGCAGCCGUCGACGGUGCCCCUCGUGAUCCUCAUCGAUGGCCUGGAUGCAUUCCAAGACUCAAAUGCCGUGGAAAACUGCUUCGUGUCGUCGCUGGCCGCGGCGGUGCGCAACCUGCCGCCGUGGGUGCGCUGGGUCCUCACCAGUCGCGAAGAUCCGUCCGUGAUGCAAAAGUUGCAGGGGCUGGUGCCCCAAGUAGCACUAGACAAGUGUGGCCACCAAACCAGGGACGACAUGUUAAAGUACCUUCAAUUGGCUUUGGUUCAGUUCGUUGCCAAUGCCGACAAGGACGUUCCUGCCGCCACGCUGCGGUUUAUCGUCGAGCGCUCCGAAGGGUUGUUCCUGUACGCCAGUCAUAUUGUGAAUGCGUUGAGCCAGAAACGGCUGACGCUCGACAAGCUCGAGAGCUUCCCCGUGGGCAUGGGCGGGUACCUCCGUCAGUACUUUGAAGAUCAAUUCACUGCGCUCCAUUACGAGACAAGCGUUCGGCCGUUGUUGGAGGUGUUGUGUGCCGCCUUUGAGCCGCUGCAUAUGUCGACAUUGCACAAUAUCAUGAAGUGGGACUCGUAUGCUCACAGGGACUUUCUCGGGUCGUUCAAGUCGCUUUUGUACGUGUCGGACGAGAACGAGCUCAAGCCGUUCCACACGUCCGUGUUCGAGUGGCUCGAAGAUGCGCAUGCGGCUGGCCGGUUCUUUGUCUGCGCAGCAAACGGCCACGAACGCAUUGGUCUGUGGGCGUGGAACCAGUACGACACCGUCUUGCGCGCUACCACCGACAUCUCCAACAUCAACUUUGAGUUGGAACCGAACGAGUCGAACGCGGACUUGUUUGACGAGUUGCGCGCACCGAUUUACAUUAUUCGGCAUGCCCUCAACCAUUUGCAUCUGGCCAAGACGGAACGGAGCAUCGAGUGCAUGCAAAAGUUCUCGUCGGAUGAGAACUUUCAGCUCGCGCGACGGCUGGCUCGGCUGCGCGACAGCGGCCUGGAGAGCUUCUUUCACGGGGAUAUCGACCGCGCUGUGGCGCACACGCUGUUGGCCACGGAAGGGACCCAAGGCGCGUUUUUGAUUCGAUACAGCGCCAAGCAGAAAUGCUACUGCGCGUCGUUCAUUGACAAAGUCGUGGACGGACUGCCCCUGAUCAAGCACAACAUCAUUUACCACUUGGACUCGGGGGCGUAUUGUGCGGUGCAGCCAAAAGAAGUCCAAAAGGCCACGCCCAUCUACCCCGACCUGGUCAGCUUCGUCGAAGCGUACCAGCGAAAAGGCAUCUUGAUCACGGCUGUGCCCCGCGACAAGGGCGCGUCCUUGCAAGUGGCGGUUGCCAAGUCGGAAUAAUAUUCAAUGCAUUUGCACUUGUUAUUGACUCAUAA